AAUGGAAUUGCGUACUCUAUUAGAACUUGAAGAACAUAGGAAACAACACUACAGAAAUAUUAAUGAAAUAAGCAUUAUAUCUUCUCCGUGCAGUUUUGAAUAUUUCUUCAUAAAUCAUUUAAAGCCAAAUAUUCCAUGUAUCUUUGAUACUUGGCUAACUGCAAAUUGGAAGGCUGUUAAAGAAUGGGUAAAAGAUGAUCAAAUCAAUGAUGAUUUUAUGAUCAAGAAAUUUGGUGACAUGAAUGUUCCGGUGGCUAAUUGCAGUAAAAUUAAAUAUGAUUCUCAGGAAAAAAUAGCAAUGAACUUUAAAUCUUAUUUUAAUUACAUAAAAGACACCGAAUCAAAUAGUAUCGAUGAUAUACUAUACUUAAAAGAUUGGCAUUUUCAAAAAGAAUCCAACUAUGAUGCUUAUGAUUUACCUAUUUUUUUUGAAACUGAUUGGAUGAAUGAGUUUUGGGAUAAACGAGACGAUGAAAAAGAUGAUUAUAGAUUUUUGUACUUUGGACCGAAAGGUUCAUGGACACCUUUUCAUAGUGAUGUUUUGAGAUCGUACAGUUGGUCUGCAAAUAUAUGUGGGAAAAAAAAAUGGAUCAUUUUUCCGCCUGGAGAGGAGCUUAAACUGAUGAACGGUUCAAGAUUACCUGUUGAUUUAAGAGAUUCCGAAAAAUUUGAGGAACUGAAGAAAAAUAAUUCUAUCAAGUUUUUCGAAGUUUAUCAAAAUAGUGGACAAACAAUUUUUGUUCCUAGUGGAUGGUUUCAUCAAGUUUUCAAUGAGGUUACAACUCUAUCCCUCAAUCAUAAUUGGACAAAUGCAUGUGGAAUAGAUCUAUUGUGGAAGCAUUUAUUAUAUAAUUUAAAAUUGGUAGAGAAAGAAAUUGACGAUUGCAAAGAUAUGGAUAAUUGGACAGAUACGUGUCAGGCGAUAUUGAAGGCCGAAACUGGUAUGGACUUUAACAUAUUCGAACAAUUUAUAAACACAAUAUAUGAAAGAAGAAAAAGGUAUCUACACCAGAGUUUUGAUGAAAGUAAGAAAACUGGAGAAGCUAAAAUUUAUCACCAUGCAGACUUAAACAAAACAGACUUUAUAAAAUUGGAAUUAAAAGCAAUUAUGAUCGUUCUGAAAGAAUACGAACUAUUCAAUAAAAAGUCUGUAAUUGAUAUUAAUGAGUUUAAAAAACUGAACAUUGAUAUUGAAUAA